AAUGUCGUUCGCUAAUUUCGACUAUGAAGCCCAAACGAAUGUUGGGAAGUUAGAGUCUAUUCUUCCCAAUAAUGAAUUAGACAUAAUACUAACCAAAACAUCAGACCAAGUUAAGGGAUUCGGAAACUUAAUAUCACAACUAGAUAAUCAGAGGAAAAAUAUAGGAACAAGGCGAGAUAGUCAGGUAUUAAGAGAUAAGACAGAUGUAUUGAUUGACAGUAUGAGACAUAAGAAUUUGGCCAUUGAUAAUUUAAUAUCUGAACUUGAUGAAUUAAUGAAUCAGAAUAAGAAACUUACACAAGCUCAGCCUUCAAGUAUAUCAAUUACUAACAAGCAGACCGUAAAUAAGCAAAGGUUGACUAAUGAAUAUAAUUCAUUGAUUCGACAAUUUGAGAAGUCAAUAAACUUGUAUAAUGCAAGAAAGAAAGAUUAUCCACUCCAGAGUAUAGAAAGCAAAUACUCAGAAACAACACCAUUAUUAGUAAAUGAUAAUCAAACUCAGUUGCAAAUUCAAGAACAAGUUCCAGAUAUGCUAGAUGAAACAGAUUUACAAACUCAUAUAUAUCUCACAGAAGAAAGAAACCGUCAAAUAGAUCAAAUCCAUAGUGGCGUUCAAGAGAUUAAUGAAAUAUAUAAGGAAUUGCACGGACUAGUGCAACAACAAGGUGACCAAAUCGAUUCUAUAGAAGAUAAUAUCCUUCAGCUACAAGAUAAUUCGCAACAGGCUCAUAGACAAUUAAAACAGGCUGAUGAACUACAGAGAAAGAAAGGAAAAUGGAGCUGUCUACUCCUCACUGUGCUUACCAUAGUGGUUCUAACCAUAGUUUUGGCAGUAUUAAGUUAAUUAGUAGUAUAUUUAGAUGUAAU